AUGGCUCUACCCUGUAUUAUAUAUUGCCUCUGGGAACUAGCUUGAAGUUGUAAAGCCUGAUAAGCAAGCAGUAGAAAGAUGAGCUCCAAGCGCCCACAGCUUCACCUCAUCCUGCUACUGCUAGCAUACUACUGCUCCACCCACGUUGUUGCCAAUGGCGGCACUAGCACCGGAGUCCAAUGCUUCCCUGACCAGGCUUCGUCUCUACUCCAGCUGAAGCGCUCCUUCCUCAACCCCAACCUCUCGUCAUGGUAGCAGGGCUCAGACUGUUGCCACUGGGAGGGCGUCGGGUGUGAUAGGGAUUCCGGUCAGGUGAUCACUUUGGACCUCAGUAAUCGUAACCUGCAGAGCAUCAGUGAUCUCAGCCCGACACUAUUCAACCUCACCUCUCUCAGGAAUCUCAGCCUUGCUGGUAAUGACUUUGGCUUGACCAACCUUCCUAGAUUCGGGUUUGAGCGGCUGAUCGAACUCCUCAGUCUCGAUUUGUCCAAUGCAAAGUUGUUUGGUCAGAUACCCAUUGGGAUUGCACACCUUGAGAAUUUGCUUACGCUUGAUCUUUCUUUUAAUGAUCUGUAUCUCCGAGAGCCAAGUUUUCGAACCCUCAUAGCAAACAUGAGCAAUCUGAGAUCGCUCAGUCUUGAUACUGUGCAAAUCUUAAGCGGUGGAUCAACUUGGUCCAUUGCUUUAGCAGACUCUGUCCCUCUACUACAGGAUAUUAGUUUGUCUUGGUGUGGAAUAAGUGGUCCAAUUCAUUAUUCAUUCUCCCAACUCCGUUUUCUAGCAACGAUCAACCUCGAAGUUAAUGGAAUUUCUGGACAGGUCCCUAGCUUCUUUGCACAAUUCUCUUUCUUAAGAUACCUUAGGCUCUUUGAUAAUGAUUUUGAAGGACAAUUUCCCACGAAGAUCUUCCAGCUAGCAAACCUCACAUAUCUUGAUGUGUCCUCCAACCCCAGCCUUUCUGUGCAACUUCCAGAUUUCCCACCAGGAAAUAUUUUGGAAUCUUUAGACCUGAGGGAGACAAACCUUUCGGUUGCAAUACCAAAAUCCCUUUUCCAUCUCGACUCGUUGAAAGCCUUACGCCUUAGCACCACAGGAUUUCCCAAGCAUCUCAUUACUUCCAUAGCUAACCUUACGUCCCUAGAGAAAUUGUGGCUCUCAGGGUCAGGAAUAGAGAAGCCAGCGCUCUCUUGGAUUGCCGGUCUUAAGAAUCUGACGGACUUGAUGCUGCAAGACUAUAAUUUCUCUGGACCGAUUCCCUGGUGGAUCAGAAAUUGUACAAACUUGACGGGCUUACAGCUCAGCAGUUGCAGUUUAUCUGGAGAACUACCGACGUGGAUUGGGAACUUGACCAAGCUUUCAUUCUUGGAUUUAUCAGGUAAUCGACUAAGCGGCAAAAUCCCAAGCGUUUUGUUCAAUCAUGCGUCAUUGGAAGGACUAGACCUAUCAUCAAAUGAACUUUAUGGGACUCUAGAACACAUUCCAGACCGCUUAUCUACCUUCCUGAAGUACAUCGACCUAAGCAAUAACAACCUUGCAGGCAAAAUCCCGAAGGUUCUGUUCACUCUUCCAUCGCUGGAAGAACUAAUACUAUCAUCAAAUGAACUUUGUGGAACUCUAGAAGACAUUCCAGACCACUUAUCUACCUUCCUGCACAUCAUCGACCUAAGUAAUAACAACCUUACAGGUCAUAUACCCAAAUCUUUGUUCGAUCUUACGAGGCUUCAAUAUCUACGCCUUGACUCGAAUCAGUUUGAAGGCACCGUAGAUCUUAGCCUUCUUUGGAAGAUGAAGGCAUUGGAUAAAUUAAGGAUCUCCAACAAUAUGUUAUCAGUGAUAGAUGUUGAGGGUGGCUAUCCAUUUACUUAUAUCCCUCGAAUCAGAUAACUAGGAUUAGCGCAUUGCAACCUUACAAAAAUUCCUGUUGCAUUGAAGUACGCAAGUGAGAUUGUUGAAUUGGACCUCUCAAAUAACCGAAUUGAUGGAGUCAUACCAAGUUCGAUAUGGGUGAACUGGAAACAUAGUAUAUCCAGGCUGGACCUCUCAAACAAUAUGUUCGUUAGCCUUGAAAACUCUCCAUCCAUUGUUCAUAUGUACAAUUUAGAUUAUCUAAAUCUUAGUUCCAACAAACUUCAUGGCACUGUACCUAUACCACUCACAUCUACGUUGGAGGCUUUCUUAGAUUACUCAAACAAUAGCUUCUCUUCUAUUAUGCCUGACUUUGGUAGGUACCUUCCCAACAAUACCAUUUACCUUGAUUUGUCCAGGAACAAAUUAAGUGGUCAUAUACCAAGGUCUAUUUGUACCCAACAAGAUCUUGAAAUACUAGACUUAUCAUACAACAA